UUUUAAAUGUGAGUGCAGACACACUCAUUCAGUCUCUCUCUCUCCCUCUCGUCACCAGCGGACUUCACUCGGUCCCUCCGCUGCGCUUGGAGCUUCAAAGCUAAGACCCGCUAACCCAUGCGGGGAUUAGAUACUACCAACACUAGUGGGGUUUCGGUCAGCCUACAGUUCUUCUCAGCAGAAGGGUCAUUUCGUUUAGGAAAGAAGUCGAAAGGGAGAGAAAAGGCGAAGGAAUUAAAAGCGUUUCUUCUGCUGUCGGUUGAGGAGAGUAGAUGAGUCAAUGGCCGGAGCUCAGCCAGGAGUUCACGCGCUGCAGCUCAAACCCGUGUUUGUGAGCGAGAGCCUGAGAAAGGGAAACAAAUUUAUGAAAUGGGAUGAUGACUCUACUACGGUGACCCCUGUUACCUUACGAGUCGACCCCCAGGGCUACUUCCUGUACUGGACUGACCAGAACAAGGACACUGAUCUCCUGGACAUUGCAUACAUCAAGGACGCCAGGAAUGGAAAAUGCACAAAAACGCCAAAGGACAUGAAGCUGCGAGAGCUUCUGGACGUGAGCACCCUGGUGGGGAAGAUGGAGAAUAGGAUGCUGACGGUGGUGAGCGGACCAGACAUGGUCAACAUCACAUAUCUCAACUUCAUGGCCUUCCAGGAGGAGAUCGCCAAGGAGUGGGCAGAAGAGUUGUUUGGCCUGGCGUCUAACCUACUGGCCCAGAACAUGUCCAGGGAAGCAUGCCUGGAGAAAGUAUACACACGACUGAAGCUACAGCUCAACUCUGAGGGAUGCAUCCCCGUCAAGAACAUCUUCAGGAUGUUCUCAGCAGACAGGAAACGAGUAGAGACAGCUCUGGAGAACUGCAACCUCCCUUCUGGACGGAGUGAUUGUAUCCCACAAGAAGACUUCACUCCAGAGCUCUACAAAGUGUUCCUCACCAACAUCUGUCCUCGACCAGAAAUUGACAAUAUCUUCUCUGAAAUUGGAGCUAAAAGCAAACCCUACCUGACAGUGGAGCAGCUGACUGACUUUAUAAACGUCCGACAGAGAGACCCUCGUCUCAACGAGAUCCUCUACCCUCCUCUCAAACCUGAACAGGUUCAGAGCCUGCUGGACAAGUAUGAACUCAAUGAAAUGCUGGCGCAGAAAGGUCAGAUCUCGGUGGACGGCUUUGCCAAGUACCUGAGUAGUGAAGAGAACAGCAUCAUCCCCCCAGAGAAGCUGGACCAGAGUGAAGACAUGACCCUACCACUGCCUCAUUACUUCAUCAACUCCUCCCACAACACAUACCUCACAGCGGGCCAGCUGGCAGGUAACUCGUCGGUAGAGAUGUACCGGCAGGUCCUCCUGUCAGGUUGUCGCUGUAUCGAGCUGGACUGCUGGAAGGGACGCACCACCGAAGAAGAACCUGUCAUCACGCACGGAUUCACCAUGACAACUGAAAUCUCCUUCAAGGAAGUGAUUGAGGCCAUAGCAGGGUGUGCCUUCAAGACCUCCCCUUUCCCUGUCAUCCUCUCCUUUGAGAACCACGUGGACUCGCCCAAGCAGCAGGCCAAGAUGGCGGAGUACUGCAGGUCAAUAUUUGGAGACAUGUUACUGACCGACCCUCUGGAGAAGUACCCUUUGGAGACAGGGGUGCCCCUGCCCAGUCCAAUGGAUCUGAUGGGAAAGAUUCUGGUGAAGAACAAGAAGAAACACAUCAAGACAUCGAGUACCAAGAAGAAACUGUCAGAACAGGCCUCCAGUACCUACAGCGACUCAUCUAGUGUGCAUGAGCCCUCUUCUCCCAGCGCAGGGUCGACCAACCAGGAGAUGACAGAGUCCUCCCAGCCGAUAGAGGUCGCUGGGCUCAGCCUCAGAUCACAGGGAAGGAAGUCCAUCGGUGAAGUUGAGGCAGAGAGUGACGAUGAGGAUGAUGAUGACGAUGACUGUAAAAAGGGGUCCAUGGAUGAGGGUACAGCGGGCAGCGAGGCGUUUGCCACAGAGGAGAUGUCCAACCUAGUCAGUUAUGUCCAGCCAGUCAAAUUUAACUCCUUCGAGGCCUCCAAAAAGAUCAAUCGGAGCUAUCAGAUGUCAUCGUUUGUGGAGACCAAAGCCUUGGAGCAGCUCACCAAGUCACCCGUGGAGUUUGUUGAGUAUAACAAGCUGCAGCUGAGUCGUAUCUACCCUAAAGGCACCAGAGUAGACUCCUCCAACUACAACCCUCAGCUCUUCUGGAAUGCGGGCUGUCAACUGGUGGCCCUGAACUUCCAGACCAUAGACCUGUCCAUGAUGUUGAACCUGGGUAUGUAUGAGUACAAUGGAAAGUGUGGUUACAGGCUGAAACCAGAGUUCAUGAGACGACCAGACAAACACUUUGAUCCCUUCGCUGAGAGCACUGUGGACGGCAUCGUAGCCAACACAUUGUCUGUUAAGAUCAUCUCAGGCCAGUUCCUGACCGAUAAGAAGGUGGGGACGUAUGUGGAGAUAGACAUGUUUGGUCUGCCGGUGGACACCAGAAGGAAAGGUUUUAAGACCAAGACGUCUCAGGGCAACGCUGUCAACCCUGUCUGGGAGGAGGAGGCCUUUGUCCUCAAGAAGGUGGUACUGCCCACACUGGCCUCAAUGAGGAUAUCUGUGUUUGAAGAUGGAGGGAAGUUCAUUGGCCAUCGCAUCAUUCCUGUAAAUGCCAUCCGCCCAGGUUAUCACUACAUUGGUCUGAGGAAUGAGAAGAACCAGGCUCUGACCCUCCCUGCUUUGUUUGUCUACGUAGAGGUCAAGGACUAUGUCCCUGAUACAUUUGCAGAUGUCAUCGAGGCAUUGUCCAAUCCCAUCCGUUACGUCAACCUGAUGGAGCAGAGAGCCAAUCAACUGGCAGCUCUCACUUUGGAGGAGGGGGCAGAGGAGGAGGACAGCAAAGAGGUGGAGGCGGCUGGUGAUGAUCCAAUGGAGCCUGACCCCCGGGUGACCUUGCCAGCAGAGAACGGGGUCAGCCACGCCCCCAUCAUCUCCUCCAAACCCCCCAGCCUGGUCAGCCACCAGCCACAGCCCACAGGUUCAGUGAAAACUGCAGUGAAGACUGAGGAUGUCAUUCAGAGUGUUCUCACAGAGAUGGAGGCCCAGACAGUAGAGGAGUUGAAGCAGCAGAAGGGCUUUGUGAGGGAGCAGAGGAAGCAGUAUAAAGAGAUGAAAGAGUUGGUAAGGAAACACCACCGUAAGACCAGCGAGAUGAUCAAGGAGCACACGGCCAGGGCUGCAGAGCUGCAGAACCAGCACCAGCGCAGGACCUCCGCGCUGCAGAAGAGCCACAAACGUGAUGGUAAGAAAAGCAGGUCGGAGCAGUCCCUGUCGACCCUGGAGCAGGAGCUGUGUGUGUUGGACCAGGAGUCCAGUCAGAGACUGUCUGAGCUGAAGGAGAAGCAGCAACAACAGCUACUCACACUGAGACAGGAGCAGUAUUACAGUGAGAAGUACCAGAAGAAAGAACACAACAAAAUGCUGUUGGAGAAGUUGACAACCAUAGCCGAGGAGUGUCAGAGUGUCCAGCUGAAGAAGAUCAGAGACAUAUGUGACAAGGAAAAGAAAGACGUGAAGAAGAAGAUGGACAAGAAAAGACAGGAGAAGAUUAAUGAAGCCAAGGCCAACAACAAGAACGUGACAGAGGAAGAGAAGCUGGAAAUCAACAGGUCAUUUGUCAAUGAGGUGGUGCAGUAUAUCAAACGGUUGGAGGAUGCUCAGAGUAAGAGAAUGGAGAGACUACUUGAGAAGCACAAGGACAUCAGACAGCAGAUUGUGGAUGAGAAACCCAAGCUGCAGAGUGAGCUGGACCAGGAGUACCAGGACAAGUUCAGACGGUUGCCUCUAGAGAUCCAGGAGUUUGUCCAUUACAGCAGCAAGGCCAAGUUUAGCGACGACAGUCCCCAUGGCAACCUGUCGGUCUCUUCGACGACUGAGAGGCUCAACCACAAGUCACAGUCGGAGGACGAUACAGAAGACUCGUCGGAAAGAGUGUUUGACACGCCCCUUUAGGACAAAUCUGAAAUGCCACCCUAUUCCCUACUGUCUAUAGUGCACUACUUUUGGCCAGAGUCUCAUAUAAGAGUAGUGCAUUAUAGGCUGCCAUUUCAGACACAUCCAGAGUCUUUGAGACACCCCUUUAGAGACUAAACCCCUCCCCUUCCUCUGAACUGGACAGUUCUGGUUGGUCGUUCUGGCUCGAGGUGGAAAUUGCCACUCUAAGCACAGAUCUAGGAACAGAUUACCCUGCGCUCAAGCGUAACUUUAACCAGUAGGGGUUCAAACAAUGUCUGACCCUGGACCAGUAGUAGGGAGUACCUACUCUGUAGUUCUAUUCAGAUAUGUAAAUACUUGUUUUGUAUUUGUGUGUUUUGUUGUUUUCCUCUGGAGCGGUGUGGAUCUUUUGGUACAGGAUAUGGGUAUUUUUGACUAGGCACUAACUAUGCGCAGAAACAAAGUUACUUACUUGAACUAUUGCACAGACAGAAUACUUUCUUUUUUAUGUUUUUAAUAUGUUCCUACUUUUUAAACAAGAAAAAUUAUUAGGUGUUAGAUUAGGUCCCACAAUGUUGACCAAGUGCAGGUCGGUCAGUGGUGCCAAUGUUUUGAUUUCACUGUGCACUUAGAUGGUAAUUAAUAGUAUCAUUAUGACAUUGGCACUGCAAUGUGAAGUGUUUGCACUUCACAUUGUCCCAUGUAAAGUAAAGUCAUGGUAAAUUGAACUUCUUGUCCAAACACUGUGGACACAAUCAUUAUUUAAAAUGAAGAAUCCCUCCUCAUGUAUAUUUUGCACUGAAGAACUAACUCUUCUAUUCUCUUCUAACCCCCAAGCACUGAAUGAUUUCUACAGAACUAACUCUUCUAUUCUCUUCUAACCCCCAAGCACUGAAGGCUUUCUACAGAACUAACUCUUCUAUUCUCUUCUAACCCCCAAGCACUGAAGGCUUUCUACAGAACUAACUCUUCUAUUCUCUUCUAACCCCCAAGCACUGAAUGAUUUCUACAGAACUAACUCUUCUAUUCUCUUCUAACCCCCAAGCACUGAAGGCUUUCUACAGAACUAACUCUUCUAUUCUUUUCUAACCCCCAAGCACUGAAGGCUUUCUACAGAACUAACUCUUCUAUUCUCUUCUAACCCCCAAGCACUGAAUGAUUUCUACAGAACUAACUCUUCUAUUCUCUUCUAACCCCCAAGCACUGAAGGCUUUCUACAGAACUAACUCUUCUAUUCUCUUCUAACCCCCAAGCACUGAAUGAUUUCUGCUUUUAUUUGGUCCUUUCCAAAGCCUACUCUACUGUUUUUAUCCUGUUUUGACCUGGCCAAGACGUACUUAUUUUCUAGAUUUAUUUUUUCAUUUUUAAAAAUAUUUUUGACACAUUAGGUUCUAUAUGGUUAAAUAGUUUAUGUUUAAUCCUGCCAGGGAGGGGGUGAGGGAUGUAAGGAGGGUGAUGAGGAUAAAGGGGUGGAAGAAAGAGUAAAUCAUGUAUCUGUAUGUUCUUUACCAAUUGAACAUGUUAGCAGAAAAUACAUAACAUAGAUGUAAAAUGAACUCAAACUGAAACUGCAAAAUGUUACUAUGGAUGAGAUGACAUUGUUUGUACAGUACAAGUGAUAAACUACAGGUGCAACAUGACUAUAUCACUGCCCCUUACCAAUGACUGAAAUUGUUCACACACACACACACACACACACACACACACACACACACACACACACACACACACACACACACACACACACACACACACACACACACACACACACACACACACACACACACACACACACACUUGACCCAUUAACAGAAGACACUAAAAUGAUGUCCCAGUCCUUUCACCUGUUGGAGCGGUUACUACAUUACAUUUAGACCCUAGACACAGUUUUGUGAUCACACUUCUACAUGUCCCAACUGUUUAUUCAAUGGUUUUACUCCUUCAUUGGCAAGUAAUUAUUGUCUAAGACCGCCACCACAGAUAAAGUUUGCAACAUGGGAGUGGUAGAUUUUAAUUUCUAAAUCAAACUAUUGAAGAUAAUUUCAUGUCUGUGUAAAAUAUUGAGAUCACCACCCUUUACGGGAUCUUGAACACUAUUGGUCCAUACCUCUUUUGAUAUGUGACGUCAUACUUAACUAAACUGUCAAUCAAAGACCCAUAUGAUGUUUUUUAGUUUCCAAUCUGUACAGUACUAUACAUACACCACAUGUAUCAUGUCUGAUAUUGGAAAACUUAUUUCAAUUGAUUAAAGGUCCAAUGCAGCCGUUUUUAUCUCAAUAUCAAAUCAAUUCUGGGUAAAAAUUAAAUAGCUUACUGUAAUUGUUUUAAACAAAAAUUGUCAAAAAGAAACAAAAAUGUAUUAUUAGCAAAAGUAAUUUCUCAAGCAAGAAUUUUGCUGGGACCUUCUGGGAGUGGUCUGAGUGGGGAGGGGGAAACUAAAAACUAGCUGUUAUUGGCAGAGAGUUUUGGAAUGCUUUCUUAUUGAUCUAUUAAAUAAUUUAACACCUGGUGAUAUCACCAGGCAGACCAAAACUCCAUCCCACUAAAACCGACUGAAAUCAAAAAAAUUCUAACGGCUCUUUAGUGCUGAGCGAUUAACCAACAUUUUAUUUUUGGUUAUUAAACAACUGAUUGACCAACGUGGGUUCAAUUACCUGAAUUGUAUUUAGUAAAAACAAAAUGUGAACCCAACGUGCCGUUUCUCUAGAGAGAAAUCUGAGAAAUCAAGUCAAGAGCUAUGUGGGACGCUGGGCUGGAGGGAGUUGUAGUUUUCAUUAAGCAAACAUUCGACCUAAUUCAGCGCAGAAAUGUGGUAAUUAACUACAAUAACCACAACUCAUUGCGCCAGUUUUUCCCGGCUCGAGACGGAUCAGAGGAAGAGGUGAAGCGAGAGGUUUCACUCUCACCAAAAUCUGUCCAAGAUAAACCCAAUGCGUUUCGAUGGGUUUAUUUUGGAUUUGUAUAAAUAAAGGUUCAUCUUUUCUUUUUUUAAGCUUGUUGUCUGCCUUCCCGCCUUUGGGACAACGACUCCCAUUGUUUGGGCAUAGACAUGAGCAUCUCGUCAUUGUAUACAGAUCUUUUACGCCUGCUAUGUAUACACACAGAACGCAUAAGACUGCAUGAGAGAGGAAUGUGCAUAACAUAACAACGAGAGGGUCAGGGACAGUUCGUGAAAGUAUAGUUUAUCUACUUUUAAGAACUAAUAAAAUGAUUUUGUCUCUGUACUUAGGCAGGCAGGCUAGCUAAAUAGGAUGACUAAAGACAAUGGCUGGCUGACUGCUACUGCCUGAACUGAGAUGAUUACUUUAAGGAAUGAAAAAUAAUAAAGUAAUUAAAUUAAAACUAAGUAAUAUACACAACUGAAUAUUUUAAUAUGUCAUAGUAAUUUCCUAUUAUUCUGAUGUUCGAUGUGGACCUGACAGAGACAAUGGAAUAUGUUCAAUGUUUUGGCAAUUGAAUGUUCACUAUUUUUGGUUUUAGAAUUACCAUUAAAAAGCUCUAAAGUCAUUAUUUCAUCAUAUAUUUCAUGUUUAAAAAAUGUAUCGAAACCAAAAUCAAAAACCAUGAUUAUGUUUUUUAUGAUCGAACCCGAACCAACCUUAAAAAGCACUAAUCACUCAGCACUACAGCUGUUACACUAAAAGCGCAUUAUCAUCAUUUUCACAAUUUCACAAUUUCAGUAAUAUUCCAACCUCAUAGUGUAGAAAUAUAAAUAAAAGACAGAAAGAUGUCGUUUUUGACUGCACUGGGCCUUGAAUCAUUUUAAAGUGAAGAAUCACAUUAUAAAGUGUCAACAAGUACAACUUGGUUUCUAUAAAGACGAUCGUUGUUGAUGUGGGAGUCCUGUGCCUUUUGAAUUGGUUUGCCUUGUUUUGAUGUUGAAUGUGUGAAAUGCAUCAUUGUGUAAAUUGCCAUUGUAUUAUACAAAGCUGUCUGUUAUUGAAUAGACUGUGUGCACUUUUAGUACGGUAACACUACUGAGUAAAAAAACACUUGUGAUAAUGAACAGUAUUUUGAGAAGUAUCUCCUAAAAAAGACAAUAAUGCUAGACAUGUAUUUUUAUUUUGUCGUGAACCACUUUAACAGUUUCUGUUCAUCAAUUUGUGUAUGCAUUUUGUUGUAAAUGUGUGUAUGAUGUAAAGGCAAAACAUUGAGACGAAGAUGACGGGGAUGAUGAUGGUGAUGAUGAUGGUGGUGUUGAUGAUCGUAGUAGAGUAGUGUAAAGGUAAUCUGCUUGUAAUUAAUAAAUGUGGUUAUAAUUGUACAUUGCUAAAGUGA